AUGGACACAUGUGAGCUGAGAUUAUUGGGAAUAUGGGAGGUCAAAUGUCGAUCAUUUUUGCCAGAAUUAGAAAAACCGUUUUCAUUAUUGAUUGUGCAAUCAUGUCAUACAAAUAAGCUCCAAUUCCAAUCUAAUUAUUUUCAUUUUAUGGAUCCUAUUACUGGACUUCCGAGUUCUCGUCGUUCAACUAUUUCUGAAAGUGAUAUACACCGUGAAGGCUUAACUACCGAAACACAUGAUUGGACUUUAAUAAAAGUAAUUGAUCUUGUCGGUGACCAAAAUGUAAUAGUUAUUGAUGGUAAUACUCCUAUAGAAGAAGCUUGUGAUAUUCUCAUAAAAAAUAAUAUAUCAUCAGCUCCAGUUUAUGAUCCAACAGUUAAAAGUUAUAUUGGGAUGUUUGAUUGGUCAGAUGUUAUGUCUUAUUUGUUGAUUGUUCUUAAAAAGAAAAACGUUAUAGAACAACAACAGAAAAGUGAUGAAGAAUUAACAUCAGAAUUCAAUGAUUUGUUGAAAUUAGCUAUGCAGUGUCAGCCUGUUCCUAAUCCAUUUUAUAGUGUAAUUCCAGAAACAUCAUUGUUACAUGUUGUUAAAUUAUUUGGAAGUGGUAUUCAUAGAGUUGCUGUUGUUGAUGCAGAUGGUGCAUUGAAAGGAAUAUUGACUCAAUCCAGAGUAGUUACAUACUUUUAUGAAAAUGUGACCAAAUUUCCUUCGAUUGAACAACUUUUUCCCAAGACUGUAAAUCAUGUAAUCUCUACUCAAGCUGAAUCAUUUGUUCUUGAUGCAUUGACAAUGAUGAACAAGAAUGGAUUAAGUUCAAUUGCUGUUGUUGAUGUAGAUAGUACAUUAAUUGGAAACCUCAGUAUGACAGAUGUUAAAGAUAGAUAUCCUGUAUUUGAUGUUCGCCCAUCAUCAACAUUAGGAUAUACAAUUGCUAAAUUAACAGCUCAUCGUGUUUGGGUUGUAAAUGAGCGUAUGCAUUGUAUCGGUGUUGUAAGCUUAACAGAUAUUCUUAGUGUAUUCGCACGUUCAGAAAAUGUGGAAAUUUCAGAUAAACCUGAAAAUGUCCCUCUUCAUUGGUCGAACGUGGGUGUUGCCUCUUCAUUCAUUUUAAUAAAUGGAAUUAUUUCAUUUUGGCUUGAUUUACGUUUAGAAAAAUCAUUAUUUAUAAGUUCAAUUCGUUGUCUUGUACAGUUAACCAUCAUGGGAUUAAUUCUUGAAGAUGUUUUUAAAGCAAGACACCCUCUCAUAGUUAUGAUAAUGAUAUUUGUGCUUAUAUUUUUGGCUGCAAAUGAAGUUUCAUUUAAUAAGAGUAGAAGAAGACACUCGGGAAUGUUUUUUUCAGUUCUUGUAUCAUUAUCUUUAAGCACUCUUAUUAUUGGCAUUAUUGGAUCACGUUUUGCAUUAUCUCAAGUCCCUUUUUGGGAACCACAAGUAUUUAUUCCAACCAUGGGAAUGUUACUUGGAAAUUGCAUGUCUGCCGUAGCUGUUGGUAAUUCUUAUGCAUUAGGACAAUUCAGUGAGCAAAGAGAAAAUAUAGAAAUGUAUUUAGCAUUUGGAGCUUCUAGAUGGGAAGCUGGUCGUCCAGUCGCAGUAGAGGCAAUUAGAUUGGCUAUGUUGCCAACCAUUAAUGCAAUGAGGUGA